ACCGACUUAUACCACUUGUGACCUGGCUGGACCUGCUGUGUGACUAUAGCCAGCUGCAGUCGCUUCUUUGGUUAGUCUGGCUGUGUAGUGAGCUGUUGGGUGUGGUAGUUGGUCAGUCAUGGUUCUUCUGGUUGUGUUGGGUAGCCUGCUCCAGAUGCUGUUCCUGCGGUCGUGUGUGGGCCAGUUCCCCCGGCCUUGCGCCAACACAGAGGCACUGCGUACCAAGCAGUGCUGCCCGGUGUGGGAAGGUGACGGGUCGGCCUGUGGAGCCACGUCGGGCCGAGGGUUCUGUCAGGACGUGACGGUAUCGGAAGAGCCCCACGGGCCACAGUACCCACACACUGGGAUAGACGACCGAGAACGGUGGCCGCUGGCCUUCUACAACCGCACAUGCCAGUGUGCAGGUAACUACGGGGGUUUUGACUGUGGGGAGUGCAGGUUCGGCUACUUCGGCCCCGGCUGUGCCGAGCAGCGGGUGUCCGUGAGGAGGAACUUCCUCUCGCUGUCGGUGGCGGAACAACAGCGGUUCAUCGCCUACCUGAACUUGGCCAAGAACACCGUCACCGCUGACUACGUCAUUGUCACAGGAACUCGCGCUGAGAUGGGUACAAAUGGGGAGAACCCAAUGUUUUCCGAGGUGAGUGUAUACGACCUGUUUGUGUGGAUGCACUACUACGUGUCCAGGGACACACUGCUUGGGGGACCAGGAAAUGUUUGGCCGGACAUAGACUUCGCGCACGAGUCAGCGGCGUUCCUGCCAUGGCACCGAGUGUAUCUGCUGCACUGGGAGCACGAGAUCAGGAAGAUGACUGGGGAUUUUAACUUCACUAUCCCAUACUGGGACUGGCGGGAUGCAACAGACUGUACGGUGUGCACGGACAACCUGAUGGGUGGGCGGAGCCCGCUGAACCCUAACCUCAUCAGCCCAGGCUCUGUGUUCUCUUCCUGGAAGGUGAUCUGUACCCAGCCAGAGGAGUACAACAGCAGAGCAGCACUGUGUCCCGGGACAGGGGAGGGGCCUCUGCUGCGUAACCCUGGUAACCACGACCCUAACCGUGUGAGGCAUCUGCCCACCUCGGCCGACGUGGACUUUGUGGUGGGUAUAGAGACUUACGAGACGGGAGCCAUGGACCGCCAAGCCAACAUGAGCUUCAGGAACUCCCUGGAGGGCUUUGCGAGUCCUGAGACGGGGAUGGCUAUAACAGGACAGAGUACGAUGCACAACGCCCUCCACGUCUUCAUGAACGGAACCAUGAGCUCAGUACAGGGCUCAGCCAAUGAUCCCAUCUUCCUCCUGCACCACACCUUCAUAGACAGUAUCUAUGAACAAUGGUUGAGGAGACACACGCCGCCUCGCUCCCGCUACCCAACAGCCAACGCUCCGAUUGGUCACAACGAUGGUUACUACAUGGUUCCCUUUCUGCCACUCUACCGCAACGGUGACUACUUCCUGGGCAACAAGGUCCUGGGUUACGAAUACUCCUACCUGCUUGACCCAGGAACGAGGUUUGUCCAGGAGUUCCUGACUCCCUACAUGCAGGAGGCUCAGCUGAUCUGGCAGUGGCUCCUGGGAGCAGGACUCAUCGGGGCCAUCCUGGCAGGAAUUGUCAUGACGACCGGGGCCCUGUUUGUCAGGAGGCGGAGCCAGAACAGGAAGAUGAAGUCGACUUCAUCCUUCGGGGAGAGACAGCCCCUCUUACAUAGCAGCUCAGAGGAAGGAUCAGGGACCUCCUACCAGACCACACUGUAAUACACACACAAACACACACACACUAAGACACACACACACUAAGAAACACACACAGUAAGACACAAACACACACAAACACACUAAGACACACACACACUAAGACACACACACACAAACACACACACACACACUAAGACACACACACACUAAGACACAAACACACACAAACACACUAAGACACACACACACUAAGACACACACACACAAAGACACAAACACACUAAGAAACACACACACUAAGAAACACACACACACACACACACACAAAGACACAAACACACAAAGACACACACACACUAAGAAACACACACACACACACAAAGACACAAACACACAAAGACACACACACACUAAGAAACACACACACACACACACACACACAAAACACACACACACACUCCAGAGACAUUUCAUUCCAAUAUGCCUCGUUCUGCUGCUCUUGAUCUGGGGGUUAAUCUGACACAUAUCAGACAGUAGGAAGACGUUCAGUGACAAACAUGAAAUGAUCAAUCAUAUUAAAGUCCAACUGCAGUCCAGUCCUGAGUCCCGUUCAGGACCACAACACUACAGUCAAGCUGUAUGGGACAGGUAUUUGGGUCUGUUAGUGUUGGUUUUGUUUCCACUCAGUGCUGUCCAUGGGUCCCUGUCCCCAUUCCCUCCAGUAUUCCCCCGUCCU